AUGGCCAAAGAUGGUGCUUUGACGAGUAUCUUUUGUCGAUUGCCCUCGCCACUCAACUGCUGCCGCCUCCGCAUGGCCUUUGACGAUCAGUUUACGACGGUGUUGAUGGAGAAUUCUGGACGCAUGAGAAGCGCGUCCAAGCCGUGCUACUCCACCUCCCCACCUCCACGUAUUACUACGCUCCGGCCGUUCCUUUCCAUGAGCAAACCCUAUGUGAGCGGCGACAAGUAUUAUGUUGUUUUCGCCAUCACUACCUAUACAGCAACUCAUGAGCAGAAGAUAUCUAUAUGCGUAACCCAUUUUUGUCUCCUGCUCGCGAUAACCAUCUCCAAAAACUAUGUCGCCGAGAAGGUCAUGUUUUGGGCCCUCGCGUUGCUCGGACUGGUACCCGCAGUUCUGGUUUUCAGAGCUAGCUCUGAAAUUUGUGUGGCGCUAUCUGGCGAUACUAAGUGUGAAGAUUCUAGCGCCAAGGCUACGUUUGCGACGAUGGCAGCCAGCAUAUUUCCCCCUCUUCUUUCCCUUAUUGGUGGAAUUCAAGCAUACCAGAAGCAAAGGCGUUCCCGAUUGCCUGAACAAUAUCGCAGCUGUAGCAGCAUUGGUAGUGGCAAUGAUUGCGCCAUCAGAAUUGAUCACAAUCUUCCUGUGUGGACAGUUGAUUUGUUUUCAGUGUUCGUUCAGAGUUCUCCACGCCUCGAGUCAAGUGAUAUCGGAAGCCACGCCAGUGGGGAGAGGUCCCAAUGA